CCGAAGCCACUCCUCUCAGCUCUCUGCCAGGGUAGAGGGAGGGCCUUGGGCUGAAUGCAGACAGUCCAGGUCUUUUCACCUUAAAUCCACUGUUCGUAUCGGAAGCAUCGCAGGAGUCUCGUUCCUCAUUAAGGCUCUCCGCGCACCAUUCGAUGAAAGUCGACAUUGAGGGUCAAGGAAAGAGGUCUGACCUGGCGGCGGAUCCCCCACCCCGCAGCUCCUAGGUUAGCCGGCGUCCGCCCCGCACAGGCGCCCCCCGCAAUGGGCCUGGAACUCUACCUGGACCUUAUGUCCCAGCCCUGCCGAGCAGUCUACAUCUUUGCCAAGAAGAAUGACAUCCCUUUCCAGCUGCGCACGGUGGAGCUGCUGAAAGGCCAGCACUACACGGAUUCCUUUGCUCAGGUCAACCCCCUGAGGAAGGUGCCUGCCUUGAAGGAUGGGGACUUCAUCUUGGCUGAGAGUGUGGCCAUUCUGCUGUAUCUGAGUCGCAAGUACAAGACCCCUGACCACUGGUACCCCCAGGACCUGCGGGCCCGAGCCAAGGUGGAUGAGUACCUAUCCUGGCAGCACACAGCUCUGCGGAGUUGCUGCACUCGGGCUACGUGGCAGAAGAUGAUGUUCCCUGUCCUGCUGCAUCAGCCAGUGCCCCGGGAGACAUUGUCGGCCACUUUGGCUGAGCUGGACAGUUGCCUGCAGCUGCUCGAGGACAAGUUCCUUGGGGACCAGGCCUUCCUCACUGGUCCCCAAAUCUCUGUGGCUGACUUGGUGGCCAUCACGGAACUGAUGCAGCCUGUCGGUGCUGGCUGCCAAGUCUUCGAAAGCCGACCCAAGCUGAAUGCCUGGCACCAGCGUGUGGAGGCUGUGGUGGGGGAAGACCUCUUCCGGGAGGCCCACGCAGCUAUCCUGAAGGCCAAGGAUAUGCCUCCUGCACUGGACCCUACCUUGAAGGAGAAGUUGCUACAGUCAACUCGGAUUUUUUUGCAAUGAGCAGGUGGCCCAGGCCUGUGGAGCCACCAAGGGAAAAGCUGGGUUAUUGGAAUAAAGCAGUGGGGCUGCCUGACUCCUCUGUGGGCUGGGCAGGUCCACAGCCUCCUCCAUACAUCACGAUGCCGUCCCCUCUGUGUCUUCCCUCACAUUUAAUCUAACAUCUGGCUUCAGCCCGACCUUUGCGGAGAGCUUUUGUACAUGCUUAUGUGGCCCGAUCCCUUGUCUUGAAACUUCCCACGAUUUCUCACUGCUCUGAGGCUAACAGCACGGCAGUGCCUCCCACCCCUCUGGAGCUACUUUUGCUGGGUGUAUUCAUUUCAGAUCCCUUCCCUGCUCCCGCUUUGGCCUUCUGUCUUGACUCAUGCUGUUCCCUCCUCACCUUCUUCAUCUAGUGCCCCUCCUCGUGUCUGAGCAUUUGGCCCCAUCUCUCUUCUCCAGGAGACUUCCCUGACCUCUCCACACCCAGUCUAGGUGAGACAGCCCCUCUGAGGUCCUCAGCCCCAGUGUUUCCUCUCCUCGGGCCUGGCAGGGAGCACCCGUCACAGAUGGAGGGUGACCAGGUGAAGAGCUGUCUGAUCAGGAAUGGUCCCAGUCCCCUAGGUCUUUCACUCUCUGGUGACACUGUCUCCCACAGGUGGGGUACACGGUGGUUCAUGCAUUUCCUUGCCAGGACAGCAGCCCCUGGUUAUUUUUUUGGCCCCUCCCGUUCCACUCUGUCCUGACCACUGCCUUCGCCAUCCCUGUCUUUGGCUCCCGGACUUGUCACCUGUUGCUGCCAUUUCCUCUUAAGAUUGUCACAAUCACCUUGUCUCUGUGACCUAAGACCCUCUAAUAUGUGAUAUUUAAUAAAUUGUUAACAGGGCAA